UAUCCCGUCCCACCCUAGCUUCAUGAACGUCCUCCGCCGGUACAGUGGUCUGUGCCGUCCCUCUCUUGACAAGCAAGUCUUCUUUAUUUCCUUCAAGAAUAGUUUGAUCUACUUAAAUCGGAAAAUGUCUGAAAAGCGGGUGCUCGCCCUUCUCACUGAGGGCACGGAGGAGAUGGAGUUGGUUAUCUCCGUAGAUGUGCUUCGACGAGCUGGGAUCGACGUGACUGUUGCUGGCCUUACUAGUGACAAAGUGUUCAAGUGCAGCAGAGGCGUCCUUGUCAGCUCGGACACCACUUUGGACGAAGCUCUGACCAAAGGGCCGUACGAUGUCGUUCUGCUCCCAGGAGGGCCGGGCUACAAAACCUUCGCCGCGUCUGAAAAAGUUGGAGCAGUUCUGAAGGAUCAAGAAAAAAGUGAUAGGUUUAUCGCAGCUAUUUGUGCAGCUCCUGUUGUUCUGAAAACACAUGAUGUCUGUGGCAAAAAGAAAGUAACUUGCUAUCCAUCUGUUAAAGAUCAAAUGAUCGAGGCGGGUGCCUAUACAUAUGUUGACAGCAAGGUCGUAGUUGAUGGUAAGUUAAUUACCAGUCAGGGUCCUGGUACAGCCUAUGAUUUUGGCUUGACCAUCAUUGAACAACUUCUAGGAAAAGAUGCUGCAACUCAGGUGGCAAAAGCACUUCUUCUUUAACUUCAAAUAAGCCAUCAACUCUUCCAACCUUAAAUAUCUAUAAUCUUGUAAGAAAGUGAUGUCUGUCCCUUUCAAAAGAAGAAAAAUGUUUUCAAGGAAAAAGAAUCUUAUUUAUUAGAUUAGUAUUGUACACCCCCUGUAUUUAAAAACUUAAAAACAAUAUAAACAAAAAUGAAGUAGCUUCAGACUACUUUUAAAAUUCUCAGUAAUGCAUAUUAAAUUAACAAUUGUGAUAUCAAACUAGGGGUAAGUACCAUAUAAGUUCAAAAUAAAUGUAAGAAUGCGGAGAAUAA